GUUUUCUUUUACAGUAAAGUUUGUGAUCAUGGCGCGAGUACCACCGCCUGCGAAAAAAGAGAAAAAGGAGAAGAAGCCUCCUAAAGAUAAUUCCAAAAAUGUUAUGAGGAACCUACACAUUAGAAAACUAUGCUUGAACAUUUGUGUCGGAGAAUCUGGUGAUAGGCUGACCCGUGCUGCAAAAGUGCUGGAACAACUGACUGGCCAGCAACCAGUUUUCUCUAAAGCUCGAUAUACUGUGCGUUCCUUUGGAAUCCGACGUAAUGAAAAGAUUGCUGUCCACUGCACUGUCCGUGGAGCCAAAGCUGAGGAGAUUCUCGAAAGGGGUCUUAAAGUAAGAGAGUAUGAGUUGAGGCGAGAUAAUUUCUCAGCCACUGGAAACUUCGGGUUUGGUAUCCAGGAACACAUUGACUUGGGUAUCAAAUAUGAUCCAUCCAUUGGUAUCUAUGGUCUAGACUUCUAUGUUGUACUUGGCAGGCCAGGUUUUAAUGUAGCACAUAGAAGACGUAAGACUGGCAAGGUCGGAUUCCCUCACCGUUUGACAAAGGAAGAUGCUAUGAAGUGGUUCCAACAGAAAUACGAUGGUAUCAUCCUUAACAGCAAAAAGUAAUUCUAAGUAAAGAAAAUUUACAAAA